UAGAGAGAGAGAGAGAGAGAGAGAGAAAGAGCUGUAUAAAUACUUAUGAUAGAUACAUCUUUGCUUUUCCAUACAGUUUAGAAAGAUCCUUUAAAAUUCCCCAUUGAGACUUUGGGACCCUUGGGAUUUUUGGGACAGACGGUCCUGAAUUUCUUUUUUCGUCUCAUAUCUCAUGUAUGCUACAUGGUUAACUGUUAUGGCGGAUUGUAUCGAGUGCAUAGAUGUGUGAUGUAUGUAAAUAAAUAAAUGUUGAAGAUCAUAUAGCUAAGUGAAACCGAUAGUGAAAAUACAUAAAGAAGUGUACAUUUUAUUCGGAUAAUUUGUCGGAAAAAUUUAAUCGGCACAGCAAACAUUAGCUGAAGAAACUAAGAAAAAUACGUGCUGCUCCGAAACGAUAAGCGUGGUCCGAUAAUGUCAGCAUUUCUGCAAUUCAACUGUCUCAUACAUGAUGAAACUGCUAGAAAAGCGAUAGAAAGCUAUGUGGGAAUUUUGCAGGAAGCAUUUCAGCAGUAUCAAAAUUUAUGGGGAAAUUACAUAAAAUUACAGGAGAAAUAUGAACAGUGCAAUGUACACUCUUCAUCCCUAGUGAAGAUUGAUAAACCUUGCACAGAAAUAAAAGAUGAACAAAUAUCUCAAAGACAGUUGAAUAAUAGCACUAUCACACAAGAAGAAAGUAUUUCUUUGUUGGAAUUAGAUACAUUAAAUGUAGAUUCUGUUAAUCUUAAAUCCAAUACGGGAGACGAAUCUCCUCCACAUCCGAGAGAAUCUCCAUGCAAAGAUACCGACAGUGAAAGCGCCCCAAGGAGUCCAGUAUUUUCCAGGACAUGUCUAAAGACUGGUAGCAUUUCUGUAAAGAAAUUCGCACGUUCACCUAAAUUAGUAUUGGAAUGUAAUAAUUUAAUGUCAGACAUGAAGACUCAUCGCAGUUCUGAAAAAGUUUCUUCAGAAUAUAAUCAGAAAUUAGAAUUUAGUACAUCACAACAUGUGGAAACCACAUUUCUACCAAAUGGAAAAAGAUUGAAGCAAUCUCGCCUAGUAUUUCAUCCAAUCAAGUGUAACGAGAAAAUAAGUGUACAGAAAGCCAGUAAGCCAGCCAGUAUAUUGCCGAAAGUAGAACAGGAAUCCAUAGAAGAUAUUUCUAUAGUAAAAACAUCUGUCGCUACGGAAAAUAAUGCCGCAGAUAUCAAUGAAACUUUUGAGGAUGUAAUAGAGAUCAGUCCUACGCAGAGAAAUAUUACAUCUAAGGUUACGCGUCGUUUAAGACUCAAAAGAAAAACUUCUGCAAAGCAAACAAUAAAAAGUUCUUCAAAUAAAUAUAAAUGCUAUGAUCCUGUUUCUAGUAUUGCACCAAAAAUAAUGAUAGAUACUAUAGAUUUUGCAUUAUGUUCUUCACCUGAACAUACUUCUAUAGAAAUGGAAGAUGAUAAGUCAUUGGUUGGAAACAUGACUAAUACUGUAGUUAAUGCACUAAAAGAUAAAGUUAAUGUAAGUAAUCUUUUGCCAAUAAAAAUGUGUAGCGAGACCAAUGUUCAAAUUAAAAAGGAAGAUCAAUCGAUAACAAAUAAGGUACAAAAUAUUGCUGAAAAAAAUAAUGCCUUUAUCUAUGAAGAUGAAAGCUUUUACCUGCCUGCCAAGCUACCUAUAAACAAAAAUGAUACAGAUGAUUUCAAUUUGGAUGAUACAGAGAACAAGCCACCUGUAAAAAAAGCAUCAUUGACUAAGUUUGACGUGCUGCUACAGAGAAAGGAAAAUGUUUCAGAGCAAAUUAACAUGCGAUGCAAAGCUGACAGAGCAAAGCUGAAUGGUUGGGAUUGUUGGGAAUGUGAAGAAUAUUACAAGAAUCUGUUGCUGUCGAAGGAUGAAUUGCAGAAGCGGAAGAAUCAAUGCUCGCGGCAUCGGCACAAGUACGAGAGACCGAGUACACCAGAAGGAUUUUGGGAUCCAGAAUUUCCUGAGACACUGUCAAGCACAUAUCGCCAAAAUAAAACUUGAGGUAUAUUACAAUUCAAUCAAAUAAUUAAGUUCUUGAGAAAGAAUGGAGAUGAAAGAAAAAAUCCAGAAUAUAGGGGAUACUUCAGUUGAUUCCAAAAUAAAAGGGUUUGACUUUAUUUCACAUUGUGUUAUCGUUAAUAAUAAAUAUUAAUUAUUAUACAUAGGUACACAUAUAUGCAUGCAUUUUAUUAUAUUCCCUUUCUUAGUAAAAUUUUGUAAAUCUAAAUAAUAUCGUAAAACGUGAUUGCAAUUAAAUAUAAUAUACGCAUUAAGAGAUUUCAACGGGAGAAGUGUAAACGCGGUCAUGGCUUGAACAUAGAUCGAUUUAUUAUUUUACAACAUGUAUAUAGUAUUAUAUUUUGGGGAUAACAUAGUAUAGAUUUAUACAUAUAACUAUAUCAUUUCAUUUUUUUAAUAUAUAGAUUCAUCCCUUUACAUAAAAAUAUAGAAUCUGUUUUGUGAGUCGGUACUAAAGAAGG